AUGCGACGAUUCAUUCUACGAUCGGCGGCGGCACCUGGCGUUGCACGGGUGGACCUGCACUUCCUCCGGCACGACCCCGACGACCCCUACCGCCGGUAUGACAGUGACGACGACAACGAGGAAGAAACAACACGCAUGCUCUUCUGGCAGUUCCUGCACAACUUCACCAAUGCAAGGACCCUCAAGCUCAAAGUGGGAAACGACCUCAAGGACAUUGCGGCCAUUGGCGAAGCCAAGCGCGCCAGUCUCCUAUGUGCGUUCCCCAGGGUUGAGCGCCUCGAGCUAGAAGGGGUCCAUGGUCCCAAGAGCAAGACGGCGGCCGUGGCCAUUGCCAACAUGCUGCAUUGCUGCCCUGUUCUUAGUGAAAUCAUGCUGAAGUUGAGCACUGCGACAGCUUGCCUUGACAAGGAUUCACGGUAUGGACGUGACUUCUUUAGAUCGGAUUACACCAAGUCCAUGGAUCGAUUCGUGCGCCGCCGGAAAUCAAAGACAACCAUGUCCACGGAGGAUAGCAGUUUUGGUGACAGUAAAUAUGAUGAUGUUCCUGGUAUCACUGGUCUCAGUGGGCGCUCGUUCGCCUGCUUGCAACGCACUCUAUGA